CCAAUGGUCAAUUUGGAAGCCAAUCAGGACAGUACAUUGACCCAGCAAGCCAAUCAGCUCAGUACAUCGACCCAGCAAGUCAAACAGGACAAUACGUCGACCCAACAAGCCAAACAGGACAAUACGUUGACCCAGCAAGCCAAACAGGACAGUAUGUUGAUCCAGCAAGCCAAUCAGGACUGUACGUUGACCCAGCAAGCCAAACAGGACAGUAUGUUGAUCCAGCAAGCCAAUCAGGACAGUACGUCGACCCAGCAAGCCAAAAUGGACAGUUUGUUGACCCAGCAAGCCAAUCAGGACAGUACGUGGAUCCUUUGGGUAACCAAGGAGGACAAUAUGUAG